AUGGGCACCAGGGGGUACAAGAUCGUGCGCCAUCGGGGUAGAUACUGGGUAUACUACAACCACUACGAUAGCUACCCUAGUUAUCUCGGCAAGAAUCUCCUGGCAGUCAUACCCGUCGACCCGGAAGGAUAUAAAGCAUGGCUAGAGAAAAAGCGGGCAGAAUAUGAAAAGCUAUCGGUACGGCUCGAGAAAGCGCUCUGCGUUACGGAAGAACGUAUACAGGAUGUCGCUGCAAAAAAAGCCGAGGCCAACCCUGUCUGGAAGGAAAUAGAUGAUGUUGAGAUACUCCCUUCUACCCUUUGCGAGGUGGGGAAUGACUUGUUCAUCGAGUGGAUUUACCUCAUAGACCUUGACAAUGAAGUCUUCACUGUGAAUAACACUCUGUUCUUCAACCUCUGGGACAUCCCGCGGGACCGCUGGCUGCGUGCCUUCGAAACGGAAGAGUCCUACUCCACUAUAAUCUGCCCUGAAGCCUCAUUCAAUCCGAUCACGCCCAAGUACUUUGUGGAUGAUGCUGAGCGUGACCGGUAUAAAGAGGUGUACGGGACAUACAGUUGCCCCGCGCUAGAGACUGCCUCCUUUGAAAUAAAUAUACCCAAUGCCUCCCUCCAGAAUAUUGUUGCGGUGAUGUUCUUGGAAUGCUUACUGGAGCCGUACUGGUCACGUCUCUGGGAGUAUCUCCCCCAAUGGGGGCCUCAGGACUUCGCUUUCCAGGAGGUGGCGUUUGCUGUUCUAUCACUCGCAGCUGGUCAGUACUACUUUUCUAAUCCGGCUGAGUUGUGCGGUGGCUACGAACGCGAGGGACAGUCGAAUGGUUUUAUUAUUAAUAAAACCUCUGAUGGCAAAACGGAGAUGCUCCCUAUAUUUGGUCGAGGAUGUCAUGCCCCAGCCCAGGAAGCUGGAUCUGCCCCUCCCGGUAGCAUGUACUAUUUCGAAGGUAUCCUCAUCAGCCUUGUCACACCAGAGACACUUGAAAAGGACACCGAUGCUGCAAUCGCAAAGGCAGUGGAGUUCGGGGUACAGGGCGGCAAGACGCAUUUUCAAAUCGUGAUAUUUUCAGUCAUCACUGCUCUCUUUGUGGAGGUAUCUGUGAAGGAUGACUUGAAACUAGUCAGACACACCGGAAUUGUACUUGUCACCCUCCAUCCUCGUCGCAUGCCCGAGAAUGACAUGUCAGGCCCAAACCCUCACGCCACUGAGACAGAACCACCCUAUCGCGCAUCCCGGGGAUUUGCAAUGUUACAAGGCUUAUUCAAUAAAAAGGUCAGCAUGGAGACUGCGAAUUUUAAUCAAGGAGUGUUCCCAACAGAGAUAUACGCUGAAAUUAUUUCAUAUAUCGGUCCCCAAACUCAACUGGCCUGCGCGAAAGUCUCCAAGACCUUCCGUAGUCUAUGCCAGGAACGUUUCUCGUUAGACGAUAAGCUUUCAAUUACAAAGCUGGACCCUUCGGCCUAUCAAUGGACAGGUAAAUCCAAUAAGCGAAAAUUGGACGCUUUAGGCACAUUCGAAUUCCAAGGCAUGAAGAAGACCGGCAGAGUCUCGCAGUCAAGCUUUAACCCAGGUUAUCCUGGUGGAUCCGGAAAGACUUGCGCGAGGUGGUGCCCAGUUAUUGGAACAGGAGCAAGGAAAAGUGUCAUCACGCAAGCCUUUCUCGGAAUUUCACUCGACUAA